UCCAUGCGCCCACAGAACUCCAUGUGCCCUCAGAACUCCAUGCGCCCUCAGAACUCCAUGCACCCGCGUGAUGUCUCCCUGUCGCUCCAGAACUCCCUGUACUGCAGAAGAGACUCUGCUGGAAAUACAAUCGCUGCAAAAACAAAACCGAAUGCAAAAAUAAAUCCAAUCAAACGUUUGCUGGACAAACAAAAAUAUUUUGAUGAGCGUAACCUUGAAGACAACCUGGACAACACGGCUCGUAUAAAUUUAAACUCAAUUCAAGGUAACCUCGGAUCUCGUGAAAAGACAGACAACUUCGACAACGGAAAUCAUCAGAUAAGGAAUUGUGAAUGUUUCGUUUCCAGAGGCUAUUGGGGGGUGUUCAAUACAAAAUUCCAAAAUGACGAGAAAACAUCCGUUGGUUUUUGUGAAAGUUCUUCCUCGGUCCCAUACGCUAUGUCGGUCUCCAAGUUAACGACAAACUGGCCUCUCGGGACAAAGAAGACCCAGGACACGUCAGGAGCAAGUGAAGAGAAUGUCGCUGAUGUGACGACGAAGCGACUCAGCGGCAGGCCGUACCAGGUGGCUCUAACAAUCAUGACGGCGUUUACGACGAUGGUAGCAGGAUCGGCGGUGGCGUUUCCAUCUGUCAUCAUCCCAGACGUACAAGAGGAAGGGACGAACAUUUACGGCGCAGCCAUGGCAUUUACCGACAUCGAGAAGGAUCUGAUAGGCAGUCUGACCAGCGCAGGUGCAUUUGUGGGUAUCGCCGUAAGCGCUGCUCUCAACCGCCGGCUAGGCAAGCUCACCACGCUGCGGUUGGUCAUGCUGCUGGGGGUCGUGUCAUGGCUGGGGGUCGCUGCCGCCCCCACCACUUGGGUGGUGCUCGUCAUGAGGGUUCUGAACGGCGCCGUUAACGGAGGGGUGUGCGCGACGAGUCUGGCGUAUGUCGUGGAAAUCGCUGAUGACGUCACGCGGGGUCCCCUCACUCUCGUCGCCUCGAUAUCCCUCUUCCUGGGACAGUCACUGAGCGUGAUGCCGGCGUACUGGCUGCGGUACUAUGGCGUGGCGCUCGUAAACUGCGUCUAUCCUGCCAUCUUCAUCGUCUUCGCCACCUUCUGCAUGCCACCCAGCCCGUCGGCCCUCGUCAUCCAAGGUAACAAAACACUAGCACGCGAGAUAUUGCUGCGCCUGAGAGUGCGAGGCUCCGACGUCGACGCUGAGAUCGACAGCUACGAACGUCUCAACGAAACUUUCCAGAACGUCAAGCUGUCAGAAGCGCUGUUCCGCAGUGACGUCAUCAAAAAUCUCGCUAUUGUUUUUGCGCUCUUCCUAAUUCAAGUGUCUUCAGGGUAUGCCUUGUUUACUGUGCAAACAGCUCGAUUUCUACAGGACUCAGGCAGCACAAUCGAUCUCACCACCGGCACCAUCAUCGUGCAGUCCGCGCAGAUAUUUGGCGUGGUGCUAGCGAUGUUGUCCGUACGGAGGCUGGGGCGUCGUGGGGAGAUGUUGCUGUCGCAGGGGAUGACGGGGCUGUCUUUGGGGGCACUUGCGGUCUACGUGCACCUCUUCCCUACAGCCGGGGCCUUCUACCCUCCACUUGGAGGCUACCGAAACAGUUCUUCCCUCACUCUCGAGGGCAAUAUUACUGAAUCAGAAGUCCUCACAAAAGCCUCACAGGCACUAGAAGACAGGGAGGCCCCAGCCCACGGGUGGGUGCCUCUCUUGUGCCUCACGUUCGCCCAGAUGUCGUGCAGCUUUGGCCUCCAGAACAUCCCUAAUAUUCUCUCAUCAGAAUAUUUCCCCACGGCCAUCAGACCGCAGGCGUCCAGCAUCUGUUUUAUGAUGGCGGCAGCGAUGCGGGUGAUACAGCUGCAGCUCUACUCCCCCAUGAGGGCAACCAUCACCCACCUCGGUCUGCUGGUGCUCUGCAGCGCCUCCUGCCUCCUCUCGCUGCCUCUUGAGGUCUGCUGGUGCUCUGCAGUCCCUCCUGCCUCCUCUCGCUGCCUCUUAGCUUCUUCUGCAUCAGGGAGACGCUAG